UACCCCACGCACACACCGAACAGCGCCACAAACCAAAUCCAAAAAACACCUUGCUCCAAUACGUAAACCAUCAAUCGAGAAUAACCCAAACUCCCACCUUUUCUACUUUCGGCCGUCGUCUCCAAGAUGGGUUGCUUCUUGUCUGCCGAGGAGAAGGAGAACAAGCGCAAGAAUGACGAGAUUGAGAAUGCGCUCAAGCAGGAGAAGAUUAAGCUGCGUAAUGAGGUCAAGAUGUUGUUGCUUGGCGCGGGAGAAUCAGGCAAAUCGACCAUUCUGAAACAGAUGAAGCUGAUCCACGACAACGGAUACAGCAACGAAGAGCGUGAAACCUUCCGUGAGAUCGUCUUCAGCAACACCAUCCAAUCCAUGCGCGUCAUCAUCGAAGCCAUGGCGAUGAUGGGCAUCCAGCUCGCCAACCCGGCCAACGAAACCCACAAGGCCGUCAUCCUCGAACUCCCCCACCAAAUCGAAGCCGAGUCCCUUCCCCCGGAAGUCGCCGCGGCAGUCAAGACACUCUGGACCGACGAAGGCGUGCUCGCAUGUUUCGCACGCAGUCGCGAGUACCAGCUGAACGACUCUGCAAAGUACUACUUUGACUCGAUCGACCGGAUCGCCGUCGCCGAUUACGUGCCCACUGACCAGGACGUGCUGCGUUCGCGUGUCAAGACGACGGGAAUCACUGAAAACACCUUCCAUAUUGGGGACCUCACCUACCGCAUGUUCGAUGUCGGUGGGCAGCGCUCCGAGCGUAAGAAGUGGAUCCACUGCUUCGAGGAGGUCACCGCCAUCGUGUUCCUUGUCGCCAUCUCCGAGUACGACCAGGUGCUUGUGGAGGACGAGACCGUGAACCGCAUGCAGGAGGCCCUCACCCUCUUCGACUCCAUCUGCAACUCGCGGUGGUUCGUGAAAACCUCCAUCAUCCUCUUCUUGAACAAAAUCGAUCUGUUCCGCGACAAGCUGCCCAAAUCGCCUAUGGGUAAAUACUUCCCCGACUUCGAGGGCGAGGACGACUACGACGCGGCUUGUGAAUACAUCAUGAACCGGUUCGUGUCGUUGAACCAGAGCGACCAGAAACAGAUUUACUGCCAUUUCACCUGCGCUACCGACACGACGCAGAUCAAGUUCGUUAUGGCGGCCGUGAAUGAUAUCAUCAUUCAGUCCAACUUGAGGGAUGCGGGUCUCAUGUAGAUAAAACAGAAAAUCUGAAGAAAAUCGUUGGGGGAGGGAAGUGGAGACAUGGUUGCGGGUUAACCUGUUUUUGUCGGCGGCGGUGCUGGGGGCCGGAUAUAAUCCUUGUGUAUCCUCUCAU